UUGAGCAAGCUUUAAAUAUGAAAGGUUCGAUACUUCAUUUGCAGCUCCUCAUAGCUGCUAUAUUAGUGACUCUGAUAGCCAGAAAUGAAAGUGAUGGCUACCGUCUUAGAAGAAGUGUAUUGCCAUCUUUAUACAACUUAACCAUCAACACACAAGCAUCAAGGAAUGGAGGAUUGGGCUACUCAUUUAUCGGCGAAGUCGCGAUUACUUUACAAAGUAAUCAAAGUGACAUUUACGAAAUAACACUUCAUAAGGACUCUCUUGACAUAUCGAGCUGUUUAGUUUAUAAUAAGGAUGGCAUCUUGUCCCAAAAUGUUACGAUUACUUCACUCAAGUAUGACCAGGAGACACAUCUGCUAACAGUGCCUCUGUUAGAGGCAUUGACUGCCAAUGAGAACUAUACUCUAUAUUUUAAAUACACUGGCUAUGUAAAAAGCAGAGGGCAAGGUGUAAUAUCAGAAUUCUACAAAACCGACAAGUACUCGUAUCACAGCGUUUACAUAACACAAUUGGAACCCGUAUAUGCCCGCUUAGUAUUUCCUUGUUUCGAUGAACCUACAUUUAAGGCAAAGUUUCAACUUAACCUUGGUCGACCAAGUGAAUAUAAUGCCGUCAGUAACACCAGAUUGAUAAGAACAACAAAAGAAGGAAAUAACAUUUAUGUGGACCAUUUUGAUGUCACACCAAUUAUGCCUACAUAUCAAUUGGCUUUUGUAAUAUCCGAAUACCAAGCUCGAGGCAAUCACAGUGAAUUUGCUGUUUUAUCUGCGCCUGAGAAUUAUAAUUACACAGAGUUCAGUUUCAAUGUUGCAGAACGCGCGAUAGAUGCCUAUAAUAAAGUAUUUGAUAUGCCCUAUAAGAAUCUGGGAAAUGAAGUUCUGCUAUUCGCGACUUCAGGUUGGUUCGAUGAUAAUGCCAUGGAUAAUUGGGGCCUUAUUAUUUUAAGUGAAAAAAUUCUCGUCCAGAAGCCUGGCUACACUGACGGUCACGCGAACACAGAGUUCACAUGUCUGAAUAUUGCACAUGAAAUUGCUCACAUGUGGUUUGGAAACAGUGUUACUUUAUCUUGGUGGAGCCACUAUUGGCUUAACGAAGGCUUUGCUCGCUUUUACGAGUUCUUUCUGACUCAUCAGCUCUACCGCAAUUAUCACUUGGAUCAACAGUUUGUUGUGGAUAAUCUUCAAAGAAUCCUUGAAAAAGAUGCGGUAGCUGGUUCCUUGCCCCUAACCAGUCCCGAGAUGAGUGUACAAUCUCCCGCGGAAAUCAACAACCAGUCUAACGCUUUCACGCAGGAUAAGGGGGCCAGCAUAAUUAGAAUGUGGCGUAAUUUAAUGGGUGGCGAGAAUUUCAGGGAAUCCAUCAGAAGUUAUCUGAAACAAUAUCAUUUGCAGAAUACAAGUCCAACCGAUUUGUUCGCUCAUCUCAAGCAAAACUGGCCAGCUCAGCCUGAAGUUGAUUUGGAUACAUUCUUUUCAGACUUCACGGAGCAAGUGGGCUACCCAAUGGUCAUUGUGAACAUCACCCAGGAUAACCAAAAAAUAAUCCUACACCAAAAACGUUUUCUAUAUGAUUAUGAAGACGGUAGUGAUGCCACUUUACGUUACACCAUUCCAAUUACCUUUGCAAUGAAUUUGGAUCGCACAUAUAAUAAUCUGACACCUUACACGUACUUCGAUAGGAAUAAGACUUCGAUUGAGAUCUCUUUUGAAGAACCCAUUGAUUGGAUUAUUUUAAACCAAAAACAAUCCAACUACUAUCGAAUUUUCUACGAUAAACCAAUUCUCACCAAAAUUAAACAAUUAUUCUCUACAAUAAAAGGUCACCACAUCCCAGUAGAGAACAAGGCGCAGAUAAUUGAUGAUCUAUUUCACUUUGCGAAAGCUGGAAUGAUCGAUUAUGCUGAAGUCUUUGAGUUUAUGGAAUAUUUAAGUACAGAAAUCGAGCAUAUUCCCUGGCGGACAGCUUACGUUGGUAUGGAGCAAGUAGUUCGGCGAUUAACCCCUCAACAACUACCCCAUUUUGAAAAAUAUCUUAAAAAUAUUUCAUAUGUGGCUUUUAAUGAAGUUACUGCCAAAUCAAGUAGCACUGAUAGCGUGUUCGAUGUAUAUAAUAGAAACUUGUUCGUGUCGUGGCUAUGUAAAUACCAGAAUGUCAAUUGUAUUAAUCAAGUGAAUGUUCUUUUUUGAGGGGAGUCUUGAGAAGCCAUCCCCAGAUUAUCGGGAGAUAUUUUACUGUGCAGUUUCACGGACUACGGCUCAUGCUCACCUGUGGAAUUUAUAUCAUAUUGAGACAAAUUCCGACGAGAAAGAUCUUCUUUCGCGAGCUAUUAGCUGUUCAAGGGACUAUACGACAUAUCUUAAUGUGGAGGUAUUUCUUUUUGAAAAUAAUGACCAACAGGCAAUCGGUGUGAUUCAGAUGUAUCAACAAAAUCCGGAUUUAAUCACUCCCAUAUUUUUGAUGAUAAGAGAGAACAUCUGGAAAAUGAUUGACAGAAUAGGCACAUUACCGAUGGUCAUUGUUCUAAAGGAUAUGGUUGAAUAUUUUACAACGCGGGAACAGGAAGAACUAUUUUCUGAUUUUGUUGAAAACAAAUCUCACUUAUUUGAUAAUAAAAGUGCAGAAACACUAAAAUCCGCUUUGCCCACGAUACGUAAGAAUAUCGAAUGGGCAGAGCAGAGAUUGGGAAAGUUAGACAAAUAUCUGGCAAAAUGGAAUGAGGCACAAUGACAACUUUAAUUUCAAAAAAAUGUAAUUGAAUGUAAUUGUAAC